AUGUCCCACGAAUCCGUCUGGUACUCGCGUCCCCGCACCUACGGUAAAGGAUCAAUCAGCUGUGUCGUCACAGGCUCGAGGAAGAAAUCCGGCAUCAUCCGCAAAUACGGGCUCAACAUGAGUCGCCAGGCUUUUCGGGAGAAGGCGCAGGAUAUUGGCUUUGUCAAGUAUCGAUGA